CCGGGCGGGCUGGAGUGCCGCAGCGCCAGGCGGAGAAGGAAGACACAGUGCAGCGGUGGAGGGAAUAAGGCUGCUUCAUGCCGCCGGGGUUUAUCGGGAAUUAAUCACCUUUUUGUCCAGCGGGCUUUUCUCUAUUCCGCAAAGGGGAAUUAUACCUCAGAACAAAAUAAUGCAUCUUUGGGGGAUUUGGAAACUGAUGGCGGCUCUGCAGGGCCUGAAGGCAGCGGACAACGACCCCACCGCUCCCCCCUACGACUCCCUGCUUGUGUUUGACUACGAGGGCAGCGGCUCCGACGCCGGGUCCCUCAGCUCCCUGCACUCCUCCUCGAGCAGCGCCGACCAGGACUAUGACUAUCUGGGCGAGUGGGGGCCGCGCUUCCGCAAGCUGGCCGAUCUGUACGGCGGAGGGGACGACUAGCCCCCCACCUCCAACAAGCACCCUUCCCCACCGUUUACUGCUACAGGGCUCAGUUGGGUCGGGUGGAAUUGAGCACAAAAAUAUUACGGCGAUAUUUGAAGGGCACUUGUAUCACCACGGUUUAGCUUGUAAAAGAGACCGGCUGCCCACUUGACGAUGGUUCGAUGAUACUGGGGACCAUUUGGACACCUGGCCUAGCAUUUUAGGCUAAAGUACAUCACUAUCUGAGCGUUAGCCCCAGUGCUGACACGCGUGAGCAGUGUGCUCAGAGAGGACUGGUUGUCUCCAUGGCCAACAGCCAUGCUACAGAUUUUCACGUGAAUCUUGCAUUACAGGAGCACUGGAGUCAAAUGUGCCUUUUGUACAUUAUUUUGAUUGUGGUCAGUCUUGGUUCUAUGAGUUGCUUUAAAAAGAGCACUUUGCCAUGAUAACGAGCGUGUGUGGGGGGGGGGGCUCCACUUCGUUAGCCGUAAUAUUGAUUGUGUGUGCGAGUCAUUUCCACAGUGACACACUGGAUGGACACAAAAAGAAAAACCUAAUAUAAGACGCCUGUAUGAUCCUGCCGGCUUUACUUAUACAGAUCUGGGUGCUAACUUUUUUCUCUGUCAAUUGUUAAAAUAUGGCAACUGCACUCCCAAUCUCAAACGUUAGCAGAAUGACAUUUACAUAUUUAGAUGAUUUACCUACUCACACAAACUAGCUGGUCACAGCGAGCGUCAUACCAUAUAUAACAUUUUAAACAUUUUUGUGCAUUUAUGCUUAACCCCCGGCUCAUACAAAUACAUAUCUGGUUGCAAGGGUUAGCCUGCAGAAGCAGGAGUUUUCAAUUCGUCCACCCUGAAAAGGGCCCCAAUUAUGUCAGGGCUCUGAUCGAACUACUGAGAAGUAUUGCUGCCUCCCCUAGUUUUCAGCACUCUUAGAAAAUCAAAUACAUUUAGCACCACCACACAUUUAAAUACAAUUCUCUUUGAAUGUUAUUUUGUUUUUUUUACAAGCAGAAAUAUUUGCCAGUGCUGUUUAAACAUUUUUAAAAAUUGGGAGCUAGACUGUGAUGUAGUUCAUUUUAUUUGCAAGACAAGAAAACGAGGGGAAGCAGAUGUAAAGGGGAUGAAAUAUAUCCAUCCAUUUGUUUAGACAAAUAAAAGGAAACAAACAAAGAAUACAAACGAGCUGCAUAGUUUUGCAGAAGACAUUUACAGUAAUGCUAGAAAUUGAAUACAUUCCUUCUGUUUUGAGUUUUUGAUUUUAUUACUAUGUAACUAAUGCAGCCAAUUGCUAAAUGAGGGAGUCGUUGGUUCUUGUUUUGUCGCAGCAAUACUUCUUGAUACUUUGCUGUGGUGGACUAUUACACAAAAAAAACAUUUCUUUUGUCUGCUGAUGAUUUGCCUUACUGUCAUCUGGUACUUUCCAAAUGGCUACUGUAAACUGAUAUAUGUACAGAUUGUAUUUUUCUCGCUUGUCGUUCUUUUGGCUGUGGUCUCUGAAAAAUGACAUGCUACUAUCGUUAAUCCUUGUAUAUGUGUAAUUUGGAUUACCAAUUAAAAUGUUUUUGCAUGUU